GACACCAAAACGCGCCGUAUUGCCCACGCCAUUAGGAAGCAAGGCAUUGUGGGCGGAGCCUAUCAGGUGCGUGUGGAUGAAAGAGCCAAAAAGUGUUCGAAGUUGGCGCAGACUUGAAGGAUAAGAUGUGGAUUGGCGGACGUGAAGGAGAGCAGUACGGGACCGUUUGGAAAAAAAUGAGAUUAUGACUUGUGAAGAAGAACAUUGUGGACCGAACACGACCUGCUGGACCUGACGGGAACCAUGAAGUCCAGAAGUCAGGACCAGAGUUUGUCCGAGUCCACCGAACUGGACCGAUCCUACGACCUCCUCACAGGUAACCCGCCAUCCAAACCGAGUAAGAAGAGCAUAAAGCAACGACUCCUCAAGCUGCUGCCGUGCUACCACUCGGGCUCCAGCCUGUCCGUCAAUCAAAACAGUGAGAGCGACGACGUUGAGCUGUCAGCUGUGCGCUGCCGACCUGAAGCACUUGAACGUCUGGUGGAGCAGACCAACUUCAGCAAGAAGGAGCUGCAGGUUCUUUAUCGAGGAUUCAAAAAUGAGUGUCCCAGUGGUGCUGUGGAUGAAGAAACUUUCAAAAACAUAUACUCUCAGUUUUUUCCUCAGGGAGAUACAAAUAUGUACGCACAUUUCCUCUUUGAAGCUUUUGAUGCGCACAACAGUGGAUCUGUCAGCUUUGUGGACUUUGUGUUAAGUCUGUCCAUCAUCCUGAGAGGCUCCAUCAACGACAAACUCAACUGGGCCUUCAACUUGUACGACCUCAACAAAGAUGGCUGCAUCACUAAAGAGGAGAUGACGGACAUCAUGCAGUCCAUUUACAACAUGAUGGGCAGGUACACGUUCCCCUGCAUGAGGGACAGCGCCCCCAAGGACCACGUGGAAACCUUCUUCCAGAAGAUGGACAAGAACAAUGACGGCGUGGUCACCAUCGAGGAGUUCUUAGAGACCUGCCACAAGGAUGAGAACAUCAUGCAGUCCAUGCACAUGUUUGAUAACGUCAUCUAAGUCUCACUGGACUCCAACUAGAAGCUUCCUCCAACUCAGUGCUGCAACAUUUUAAACGUGUGUGUGUGUGUGUGUGUGUGUGUGUGUGUGUGUGUGUGUGUGUGUGUGUGUGUGUGUGUGUGUGUGUGUGUGUUCUUGUAUUUCUACCCCUCUUGAGACAUCUACAAGGAAAAGUACCUUCCAUAUGAGGACCGGUGAACAAGUUAGGACAUAAAUCAUGGUCCCAAUACGGAAAAUACAUCUAAUAGAGAAUGUCUCAUUUGCACCCCUGGUGGUGAAAUCCAUCAAAAUUAGGGUGGUCCCAAGAAGGAGGGAUUUUUCAAAUUGACUAUGUCCAUCCAUCCAUUUUCUACCGCUUGUCCCUACUAUGUGUCGGUUUUAAAAGUGCUCCCCCUCUGGUCAACAUAUGUAAUAACAAGUGUGUGUAAGAACUAAAAGCUUACCUUCUUUAUAUUUGCAUAGUAUGUAUAUAUUAUUAAUGUUGCAAAUACAAAUCUUUAUAUAUCUAGAAAGGGUAGUCCGAAAGAGGUAGGCAUUUUUCGGAGGUCUCAAGAAGGUGAGAAAUACAAAAAUGUGUGUGUGUGUUUGUGUGUGUGUGUGUGUGUGUGUGUGUGUGUGUGUGUGUGUGUGUGUGUGUGUGUGGGUGUG